AUGUCCGAAAAAUCCGUAGUGCAGACGGAUGAGCCAGCAGAAUAUACGAUCACAUUUGCACCGCAAAGAAACAAUGAUAACUUCUCUACACUCGCUCAAUUAUCGUACAAAGCCAGCAAUACUGUUGAAAUGACAGAUUUGAGUGUCGAUAAUUCAUCUCCACAAACGGAACAUCGGCAACGAUAUUUGGAGCCUACACUUGGAGCAUCGACGCUCAAAUCGGAUGACAUGUUGAAAACAAGUUCAGUACCAUCUCGUACACCUAACUUAAGCAAUGCGUGGGAGUUUGCUGGCUGGGGCUCAACAUCCUUUCUCGAACUCCAUUCUCCUUCUAAAUCAGACCGUUCAUCAUCUGGGACUCUUCUCGGCCAAUGGCGAGCAACCAGCAUAUCAGGAAACGAUCUUAUAGCAUCAGUUUUCUAUACAAUAGCAGUUGUGAUAGCGACUUCUGGUAAAUACGCACCGAUAUCACUUCUCAUAGUCUCCCUUAUUAUAUAUCCAUUUAAAAACAUCCUCAACGAAGUCGGCACGACACUCCCACUGAACGGGGGAGCAUACAACUGUCUGUUAAACACCGCUCCAAAGUGGUUUGCUGCCAUUGCUGCUGCCGUGUCGAUAUUGGACUACAUAGCCACGGCGGUCGUAAGCGCGGCUACUGCCACUGCAUAUGCGGGGAGUUAUCUGAAUCUAGGGAAGACUGUGAUAUUCUGGAUGACUAUUGGCGUACUGUGUGUAUUUGCCGGGAUAGUAUUACUGGGAAUAAGGGACUCUGCGACCGUUGCUUUGGCAAUUUUUCUGUUUCAUAACUGUGUGUUGAGCAUUCUAAUGGUUGCCGGGGUAGUAAGGUGGAUUAGCAUUGGGAAUGGCGUAUUAUCUGCUAAUUGGAAUGAAAAUCCAUCCGAGAAUGUCGCUUCGGAAAUCUUUUAUGGCGUAUGCAUUGGACUACUUGGUAUUACUGGAUAUGAGCAUUCAAGUGACUAUAUCGAAGAUCAGAAACCAGGCGUAUUUCCGAAAACCAUGCGUAAUAUGUGGGUGAACGUGUCUCUGAUCAACGCACCUCUAACACUGAUAACUCUCGCUAUAAUGCCAUUGGGGGUAAUUAAUGAGCAUCCUGAAGACAUCAUAUCUGUUUUGGGCGAAUAUGCAGCAGGCUCUUGGCUAAGGAUAUUAGUCACUGUGGAUGCAGCUAUCGUAUUAGGCGCGGGUGUACUCACGGGUAUUAUUGGUGUCAACGGCCUCGUUGAACGUAUGGCUUCAGAUCAGAUAUUACCUCAAUUCUUCCUUAUACGUAAUUCAAUUACCGGAACCAAGCAUUUUAUCAUACUUGGGUUUCUUGUAUGCUGUGUUGUCUUAUAUGCGGUUCUUGAUGGUGAUGUCACUUCGUUAGCCGGAGUGUUUGCAGUGUCAUUCCUGAGCGUGUUGUGUAUGUUUGCUAUUGGCAACAUACUAUUAAAGUAUAAGAGACAUCGAUUAUAUCGUCCGAUAAAGGUCUCGACCGGAGUAACGAUGUUUGGAUUUGCUUCUUUAUUUAUUACAUUACUUGGGAACAUCGUAAUCGAUCCGAGUUUAGCAAAAUAUUUCUUCAUAUACUUUGCUGCCAUAUAUGGAGUAAUGAUGAUUAUGCUGAAUCGAAUAUGGAUAUUAAAGACAACCUUUUUCUACUUGGACAAAAUCGUAGUUCUUCAUAAAUAUAAAAUUGGUGAUAUUAUAAUACGGAUGAUAAAAAGCAUCAAGCAGCAACCCGUCAUAUUUUUCACUAAUACGGACGAUAUUCACAUUUUGAAUAAAGUCAUAUUGUACAUCAAGAACAAUGAAUUAACCGGCACCGUCAAGUUUAUACACUUGUAUUCCAAUAUUGAUGAGAUACCUCCACGAUUGGAAUCCAAUCAUCGAAUACUCGAUGAGCUGUAUCCAAAAAUCCAAAUUGACUUGAUGUUUAUCCAAUGUCCAUUCAACCCAGAAACAGUCGACGCAAUAUCAUCACAGCUGGAUAUACCUAAAUCUCUAAUGUUCAUUUCUUGCCCUGGAGAAAACUUCCCUUAUCGCAUAGGAGAAUUUCAUGGACUACGCACCAUCAUGCUAUGA